AAGAAUCUCAGUCAACUUCUCUCAGCAUGAAGAGGUUUGCUCUUCUUUUCGUAGUAGUGAUCUGCGGCAUGGGAGGAUUGGGACAGAAGCUGAAGCCAAAGAAAAGAAGCAAUGGCGAAGAAAUCAAUUUUCGGACUAAAACCAAAGAUGCUUGCACAAUGAGCAUGAGCGGGGACGAGGAGAUAAAACUUAGAAUUGAGUGCAAAAGCCAAGGCAUGUCCUACUGGUGCGAAUUCACUGGCAAGCCAUCAGUCUGUCGUGCUUUCAGAAACAAUCCAAAGAUGUACUGGAAUCAGAUCGCUGUGGAACUUAGAAAGCUCCCGCAUGCUUGCGAAUCCACCCAAGUGUUGAAGACCACCAUGUGCCAAAAGGCUCCCACAGAGGCUGUCAUGAAGCAAAUAGCUGCUGGUAUGGAGCCAGAAGAUCUAGGAAACCAGGACAAAUCGGUCCAGAAAACUUCCACUUCUAUGAGGGGAGCAGGGAAAAGCUCUGUUAAGAAAAUAGGGAAACCUGCAGUACUACCUCUUAUAAAACCAACCCAACGUGGUCGAGGGUCUGAAAAUGAAACGGAAGCAAUGAAACUGGCACGGGAACAUUGCUGGGAAUCCCUGCAUGGUUUCUGCUCCUACAUUAUUGGCAUCUUUAGAGGUUAAGGAUUUG